AGUCUUUAAGUCGUAUUGACUGGGCGGUCUCGCGCCUGUCUUCUUGUUUCCAAAUUCAAUAUAUUCUCAUUCCGUAAAACCCUAGUUCUUCACUUUCGCGAUCUAGGGGUUUUUCUCUGUCUGGUUCAAGAAAAUGGCGGACUCUCCUCGCAGAAGGAAUUCACACUCCCCUUCUCCAUGGAGAGAACAAUCUAGGUCUAGGUCCAGAUCAAAGGACAGGGACAGAGACAGGGACAGGUCCAGAUCGAGAUCAUGGUCAAGGCCUAGGCAUAGGUCUCGGUCACGUAGUCGUGGCAGGUCAAGGAGUCGUGACAGGGGUGAUACUGAAAAUCCUGGGAAUAUACUUUAUGUAACUGGUCUGUCUCAAAGGGUCACAGAGAGACACCUUGAAGAGCACUUCUCAAAGGAGGGGAAGGUUGCUUCAUGCUUUCUUGUUGUGGAGCCCCGCACCCGCGUGUCUCGUGGGUUUGCUUUUGUUACAAUGGAAACUGUUGAGGAUGCCAACCGUUGCAUUAAGUAUCUCAACCAGUCAGUUUUGGAGGGCCGAUAUAUAACUGUGGAGAGGAAGAUAUUGCGUCAGCUAUGUUGGCAGCAAUCAAAGAUGAUGAGUACAUCCAUAUUCAACCUAAGUCAAACAGCUUGCUUGAUCAAUGGCCAGCUAAAACAGCUUUUCAAAUGCAUGUGAUCAACUAAUUUAGCUACUAUUUUGCCCAACAACUAUACAACCUCAGCAUUCACUUUCAACUCUCAACUAAUCAACGGACAAUACAACAUCUUUAUAAUCAAGCUUUUAUGGAAUAUGGUAUUUCACACCCGAAUGUUCAUCUAAUGGGCAAUUCCUUUUUGUGUCUGGAUGUAUUGUGCUUUCUCUUCCCUUUCUUUCAUGGGCCAAAUUUUUUACAACGUAGGCUUUUUAGUGAAUGAUUUGUUUUUCCUCUGGAAAAGGCUUACCUUCACUGGUAGGUUUUCUUCCUUGGACAAGCCUUUUUGUGUCUGAUUUUCUUCCCCUUUCCCUUCAUUUAAUUUGAUUGUUAUACCAUUUAUUGUUUCUGCAUGGUCGAUAUGUAGGUUUCCUUCACUGGUUUGAGAAUGUGAUUAGUCUGCUCAUUCUAGUUGCAUAUUAUUAUGUUUUGUCUAUCUUUUCAGUCAAGAAGGAAGAGACCCAGAACUCCAACACCAGGGCACUAUCUUGGGCUGAAAAGUACCGGGGAUUAUGGCCGUGGUGACCGUGGCAGGUACCGUGGGGGUCGUGAUGACUAUGGUUAUCGCAGGUCUCCAAGGCGCUCACCUUAUCGAGGACGUGAUUAUUCUCCCAGAUACUCUCCCCAUGCUGGAAGAUCAAGGAGGGAGCGGUCAUAUUCUCCUUACUCCCGUGGCUCUCGGUGAUGAAUGGUGUUAUGCUUUUCCUUGGUCUUGGUAACUCAUCUUAAGUUGAAAGAUUGCAAAACUUGUUAGUUUGUGUUAGUGGUGAUGUUUGAUGUAAUGUAGUGAUGACCUUUGGUUUGGACUAGUUUUAAGCUUCAUGUUUGUGGAUGCUAUUUUCGGUUUCACGGAGAUGACUGAUUCAUCUGCAAGUCAGUUCCAAACUUAUUGACUUUUUUUUUUCUUUUUU